AUGAGACUGCUCAUGCGACACUUUCGAUUGAAAUUGAAGUCCUGGUGGUCUCAGAUCAGGAAGCAAAGACAUUUACACCUUUACCAACACACUCCUAUCAUUCUUGGUUCGACCAAUACCAUAAGGCUUCUGAAACUGCUGAAGAGAAAGCCCUUCGGGGAUAUCCGAUGCGAACUAGUUGACGUCGAUGUCGAUAGUAAAACCAAAUAUGAAGCCCUCUCGUAUACUUGGGGAAGGGGAAAGAUGACCGAGCCGAUUUACAUUAACGGAAAGGUGUGGCUAGUCUCUCCAACCGUUGUGGCGGUACUGUAUCAUCUCUGUUCAUACAAACGGGAGCGUUUCAUCUGGAUCGACUCGAUUUGUAUUGACCAGGCCAACAAUGCCGAGAAGGACCAGCAAAUCGGACUGAUGCGUCGCAUCUACAAGAACGCCUCCCAAGUCAUCAUUUGGUUAGACGACAUAGAAGAGCCAUGGAAGGUCCGAACUAUGCUGGCGGGGCUCUGGCAUGAGUUUAUGUUUGGCAGCGUUGAGUCGUGCAUGGCCUUGAUCCGCCAACACUCUGAAGUUUUCCCCGAGGCAGGUUGGAUCCAGCUCUCGGAUAUGUACGCGAAUUCCUGGUUUUUCCGCAUCUGGGUGGUGCAGGAGGCAGCAAUGGCAUCGUCGGUCACUGUGCUGGCAGGAGGUGAGACGUUGGUCUGGGAACAUAUUGCCAUGGUCGCAGAUAUGCUCAACAAAGUACCAUCCAGUAUGGCUCUCCAAAGCAGCAAUUUGCCUGGGGUAUCGGACACUUUCCCAACUGGGGUACUGCAUGCCUUCACCAUGGCACGUUUCAAGAUGGAGCGCGAUUCUCCUCAAUACGAUUUAAUAUCGCUGAUAGGAUUCACAGCCGACUUUCUCUCGACGGAGCCUGUAGACAGGAUUUAUGCCCUGCUGGGUCUGCUAAAACCAGACGACGAUGUCCAUCAGUGGUUGAAACCGGACUACGCCAAGUCUGCAAAAAACUUGUACACAUACGUUGCUCAGAAUCUAAUCCUCAAGAAUUGCAAUAAUAUUCUAUCUUGUGCCGGGACGGGAUACGACAGGAAUCUCGAAGACCUUCCCUCUUGGGUCCCUGACUGGACAAAGCAAUCCAUCAUGCAGACUCAUCGCCAGCAUUUCACCAAAAUCCAACAUUCAGCCCGAUACAACGCGUCGGCAGGCUCCACCCUCGCCAUUACAAUCGACCAGGGAAACCAACAGUGUCAGGUGGCCAUACACAUUCAGGGCCACCGUUGCGGGCGAAUCACUCAUGUCAGCCCUGCCAUGGCUUACACCGAGCACAACGGCGGCGAAGGCGCCUCCAAAGCCGCACUCAGAUCGAUUUUCGAAGCCCACAUGCUCGCACGGCGACUUGCCAUCAAGUUUGCGCGGAGCCCGUACCCGACGGGCCAGACAAUCGAAGAAGCCUUCUGGCGCUGUCUGGUGGGGGACACCCAGUUUCAACGUCCGGCGCCGCUAGAGCUGGGGAUCUUCUGCCGAUUAUGGGAGGCGUCGUUGGAGCGUGAGCUGAGUGAGGACGUGACGCACAGUUUCCGCGGGGAGCUUGACGAAAUGGCGGGUGUUGACUUGUUGACGAAUUUAGGGCUGAGUAAUGAUACGAUUCGGUGUGCUUUGACCUGGAAUGGUAGCAGGAUCAUGUGUUGUACUGGAAGGGCGCUUGCAGUCACGGAUGCUGGAUAUCUGGCGAUGGUGCCGCCCGGGGCAAAGGCAGGGGACUGGUUAUGUCUAUUUUACGGGCUGAAUACACCAUUCUUGCUGAGAUCGCUGGCGCAGGAUGUUGAAGGUCAGCGAGUACCCAUGAGUCUAGUCGGGGAAGCGUAUGUGCAUGGGAUGAUGGACGGAGAGGCUAUGUGGCCAGGUGAACCAGCCGAGACAUUUGUCAUUUUGUAG